AUGUCUCGAGCAUCUUCCCCGGGUAGUGCUGCAUUUCGAAGUUUACCAGAUUCUGGAUAUGCUUCAGUGAGCGGCAGUGACGAUGAAGGACAAGCGCAAGGACCUACCAUUAUGUUUAGCAAACCACACUUGCAAUUUUUGAACAGACAACUGCAAUUCCUCGAGCCGCAGGACAUCCUAAGAUGGUGCAUAACUUCUCUACCUCAACUGUUCCAAACCACGGCUUUUGGGCUAACAGGUCUGGUCACUCUGGAUAUGCUUUCCAAGCUCAAGAUCCCACGACCUCAGAUGGUAGACCUCAUCUUCAUCGAUACCCUGCACCACUUUAAGGAGACUCUCGAUCUAGUUGACAAAGUACGAGAACGGUACCCACUUGUCAAUGUUCACGUGGUCAAACCAGCUGGUGCGGAAAAUUCGCAGGAGUUCGCAACCAAGUACGGCGACAGAUUGUGGGAAACCGAUGGAGAUCAAUAUGAUUACCUUGUCAAGGUUGAGCCUGCCCAACGAAUCUAUCGAGAACUCGAUAUUCAUGCCGUCCUGACAGGUCGAAGGAGAAGUCAAGGAGGAAAGAGAGGGGAUCUGCCCAUCAUUGAAGUCGACGAGGCCGGUUUGAUCAAGAUCAAUCCUUUGGCAAACUGGAGCUUCCAACAAGUCAAGCGAUACAUUACCGAGAACGAUGUACCAUACAACGUGUUACUGGAUCGCGGCUACAAGAGCGUCGGCGACUGGCACUCAACGCAACCUGUAGCUGAUGGUGAGGACGAGCGAUCAGGUCGAUGGAAAGGUCAGACCAAGACAGAAUGUGGUAUCCACAACCCUCGGUCCAAGUAUGCACAGUUCUUACUGGAGCAAGAGAGGAAGCGAGAAAAGGAAGCUCUGGAAGCAGCAUUCAGCAAGGCGUCUCUCGAACCUGCGACAACCCCUCUUUCGGUAUAA